CCAAUUUGAGCGUGCAUUUGAAAUGGAGUUGUUGUUGCUGACUUAAAGGCAGGUGUCUGAGCAAAUCUAAUAACUCUUACGUUUUACCAUCUCAACUGUGAUUAACUGUGGUUGCCUUGUUUUGAACUACCAACAAUAUUAUUUUACUCCGUUAACAUUUAGAACCCGACAUCGUUUCCAUUCGCAGUAAAUAUUGCUCUCGCUCUCACUGCCUCAUUAGAAAAGUUGUUUGAUUAGCAAUGAAAAGAUGCUAUUCGUUAAAUUAGUGGUGCGUUUGCACGCAGAGUGAAGUUAGCUUUUUUGCGACCUUCCUCACAGCGCAAAUUCUGUCAAUGAGUGUUUAGAAGGGAACUGAUGACCACCUAAUGAUCAUAUUUAUGACUCUGAACCAGGCUUAGAAUGCUUUUUGAGAAAAUUGCUCGAGAAUGCUCUAAUUAAAAUUACGCUGAAUGUAAUUCAAAAGAAUUUUCUUUCUGACCUAGACAAAAUAUUUGAAUUUCAACGCGCGAAGCAGGUGCCACGGACAGAUUCUUGUAGAGGAAAAAGCUUGUUUUUGAAAUGUGCUCCUCACGGAACGAACGCCUCUUUAUAGUUAAUUGUUUUGUUUUCUAUCAUUUCAUUUCGCUUUUAAUCAGCUCUCUAUAACCCAUGAUAAUCCAACCUUACUUACGCUAAUUUUACAGUAAGGCCUAGUCCCCGAAACUUCAAGAAACACCUGUAAUCUGAUAGCACAUUGGAGCAAUUCCUUCUACACUAUCACAAAUCAUUCUUCGAAUUGUUUUCACUGUUUGUAGCUAUUUUGAUUAUGCAAUUUUACUGAUUUGUUGAUAAUCAGAGAUCACUUUGCAGCGUUUUAUUCGAAUUAUCCAUUCAGUUGCCAGAAUUGAAAUCUAGAGAAAAAUAGAUAGGUGCUAUCUUCGCUGCAUAACGUAAUUUUCUUAUCUAUGCAAAUUGGCUGACAACUCCUGCUUUGCGGAAUUUUAUCGUUAAACAAACAUUUCUUAUCUCAACGACAGUCUACGAUUGUUUAUUUCUGUGCACGACUAGGAAGAGCGUGGCAAAAUGCUUCAAGAACUACCAACUCCCUCCCCCGUUCCGGUCUAUGCCACAUAUCAACCAAGCCAGUAUACGAUGUGAUUGUCGUUUUUGUGUUUAAGUCCUUUGGUAAACCUUUGGAUGGUGAGAAAAGCGCUUUUCUUUACUUUGAAAUGUACUCUUAAGAAGGCUGAAAGAAAAAUCUCAAAUGUGUGCAAAGUUAGGUCAUUUGUGAGUACAAACUGAGAUUUUGCAGGGAAUAUCAACGGCGUAGCAACACUCCAACAAGUCUCCAAAAUAACAUUUGAAGAGAUCCCUAUUAUUAGAAACGGUUUCUCUGCUCUUCACAGAACGAAGGUAAGAUGAAUAUUUGUCUCUGUCUCUCCCAUUCGACUUUUCUAUUUUAAUUGACGCAGCUAGCCGCCUCACAGCAACAAAACCCUGCACAUAGCUACACGGUACUUCGAGCAAAAAAGCAAAGCCAAUGUCAUCGUAAAAACAACUAAUAUCUGGUGCUUGGAUUUCAUAAUGGACUAGAAAAUUGCUCACAGUUCAGAUGGAAUGUGGUAGGUCCUUUAAUUUGGUUUGCAGUAAAAAGUGAAUUUUUGUUUGUGUUAAGCUUUCUAAUUAAGACAGCGAGUGUCAUGGCACCUCUGAUUUUUAGCAUCUGCCGCAGGUGUAGCUCUGCUCAUAUCAAAGAUCUUUAUAGUGUUUUGGGUUGAAAAGCCAUUUCUCUCACUGAAUAUAUUAAAUAUAGAUUACGUCCUUUCAUAUGAAAUUAUGCACCCAGGUGUCACUUAUUGUACGCACUUGUGUACAACAUAGUUGUCUUUGCAUUCAUAGGAGGACGGAUCAUCUCAUGUUCAGUGCUUACCACCCUAGAAGAUAGGUCCACGAUGGAUCGACUUGUAACAUUGAAGACAACGACAUUGAUAGCUUUCAUACUUGCUUUAGUCAAAACGUCCUUUUGCUUUGGUGCUGGAAUGAAUCGCCCAUAUCCAACCGCUGAAUACUACUGGCCUUUAAACGAACAUUGGUCAAAUAAUGGCCUCCUUGAUAAAGUGAAAAGUGUGAGAGGAGAAGUCCAUGGAGCCAAGCUCACCAAAAACGAGAGAAUUGGCGGGGCGGUUUCAUUCUCAGGAAACAUGGAAUGGAUUGAGUUUCCUACAGAGAGAAUUUCGCAGUGUGUAGCGAACCCUUUGCGUUGCAUGUACGGCAUUUCCAUUGCAUUUUGGAUUCGAUUUAAACGAGGAAAGUUUAUACUUUCAACUGGUGGGUUUACAAAUUCUUCCAAGGGGACAGGAAUUCAAAUAACAUAUAGUGACUCAACUAAACGGUAUAAAGUGCUAGUGCGAGAAAUAAGCCACUACUGGGAAGUUUCGACAAUGGCCUUCCACAACACCUGGUGUCAUAUGGUUAUAAAAUGGCAUAUUAAAAAAGGACUGCACCUUUUCCUUGAUGAGAAGUUGGUAGCCAGUGACAAAGGAGGCAAAGCAGCUGACCCACAAUUUAAGCUUCUAUGGAUAAAAAGAAUGUUUACCAUUGGCCGUCCACCAACUCUAACUCAAAAAGGCUUCGGGCAGUUCGACAUGGCUCACCUGGCAAUUUGGCUCUACUAUCUCACUGACAAUCAAGCCAGUCAAACUGGUGGUCUUGUUCUCAGCAAUUCGAAACUUGAUGGGUCAUUGCUUACUUGUAUCAAGAAGAAUGCGUCCUGUUCAUCACAUCCGUGUGGAUGGGAUUGCCACAAUAAAUAUCCGGACGCUGUUUGUCCUGAAAUCGAACACAAAAUCUGCAAAGAAAUUAUCAAAGAAUUGCCUGUCGUAACGAACAAACCCAGUGUACGGACAGAAACAGCCAGCACAAUAACAACAUUAACGAAGGAUGUUCCAUCUUUUACACUUACAGCCGUCACAAAAAGCCAUAAAACAAGCGACAAAAAGGUGUCGUCAAAUCCCAGUCCAAGUCCCGCUGUGCAGGAGAAGAUAGGUGAUAUAUACAGAACUGCAGUCCAUUACUUUAAUGUGAAGACGUCCCCGAAGCCCACAUUUACUGACUUUGUGGGGCGUGGUACUGUCAACCUUCCUCCAGGAAAAGAAAUAAACUUCUCUGAAACAGAGCAACUUGGCCGAGCCAUACAUUUCAAUGGCCGUGAUGACUGUGUCCUUAUCGACGGGAAGAAAUUCGAGUGCAUUAAAGAUCCGACAACAUGUGAGAAAGCUGGGUUCACCAUGGCUUUUUGGAUAAGAAAUCGUGCAAAUAAAAAACAGUAUAUUGCAUAUAACAGGAACGCAUAUAAUCCUUCAGGGACUGGAUUCAUGAUUUACAAUGGUGAAUUCGCGAAGAAUUUUACAGUAACAGUUAAAACUGCGACACAACAGUGGGAAGUUAUUAUGCACAGAAUGCCCUUUAAGGAAGACUGGUGGCACUUUCUGCUAACUUGGAGCCAAAAGUCAGGGCUUUCUUUGUACGUGAAUGGACAUUUUGCAAUACAAAAAGAAAUGCCACAGAACGUUCCAUAUAAGCCUUCUUCUUAUCAGUCAAUCAAUGGGCAAAUUUUGAUCGGAUGCACAGGUGCAGGUAAAAGUUUCAUCCAGGCCUUAGAGGAACAUGGUUAUUUUGAUUUCGGGCAUUUUGCUGUUUGGGAAAAAGUCUUCAACCUAAGCGAGGUUCGUGCAGCUUACAAGGCAUCUAUCAAGGAAACUGAAGAGACAAGAGAAUGCUGUAAGCGAAAGAAAGGCCAUGAUUGCGUUGCACUGCCCUGCAGAAAGUUCAAAGAGCCCCAUAAUUGUGCACACACAUUUGGUAGCCGAAAUUGUAUUUGCAAGAAAUCUUUGCAGCCCAUAGGCAAAUGUAGAAUAGUUACACCAUUGACGAGUUGCAGAGACAAUCCCAAAUAUGACUGCAAAAGACUUGCAUCACAGACUGGUUACUGUAAUUAUUUCCAGGUGGAAAUGGAACGCCACUGCCCAGCGUCCUGUCAUCUCUGUGAUGGGCUGUACAGAAAUGCUGCACAUUAUUUCAAAAUCGAUGCAAACUCAUUUGUUGAUUACUUUGCAAAAAGCAGAACAACGAUUUUUCCAAAGGAGUUGAAUUUGGAAAAGACCACUCAACUUGGACAUGUUCUUUCCUUAAACGGCCAAGAUUAUUACGUCAAUAUCAAAGGGUUCCAAAGAGAAUGCAUCACUGACCCGAACGUUUGUCAAAGCGGCUUAACGGUUGCAUUCUGGCUUCAGAUGUUCUCUGGCAAGUAUGUCAUAUCUGGUGGGCAGUACAGAGAUGAACCUCGUGGGUCAGGCUUUAUCAUCUUUCACGAUGCAAACUCUUCGCAGUUUCGAAUUUCUUUGGCAACAGUGCAGAACAAAUGGUCUGCUGUUCUGCAUAAAGUUCCCUUCAUGCGACAGUGGUUCCAUUUGGCAUUCACAUGGAGUCAAAGAUUUGGACUACGUGUUUUCGUCAAUGGGCGAUUCGUUCUUCAGGAUGCAGGAGCUACCGAAAGAAAGUAUGCCUUGCAUAGCACCUAUGAGGACAAUGGCAUUUUCAUUGGGGGCAAAGAUUCUUCAGAAAGUGGACAUAGUCAAGUGCGAUUUAACAUUGGCCAUAUCUCAGCGUGGGAUUACCCCCUUGAUGCAAGGGGGAUUUUCUUGGCCUACAAAGAAACAAUCGCCAAAAAUGCUUACUCGUUAAAAUGUUGCAAAGAGUUUUCAGGAAACAAAUGUGUUGCCAAUGCAUGCUACAAAUUCAGAGCACCUGAGAGAUGCAAUGCCUUCUUCAGAAGUAAUAAGUGCUUAUGUCCAGACCAGUUAAUGUCAGAGAAAUGCGAAUCACACGUAUUCAAAGGUCAAUGCAAAGAUAGUAGACCAGAUUGCAAAGAUCUCAAAGCUCAGCAAGGCUACUGUCAGUUUUAUCAGCAAGACAUGGAACGCCUUUGUCCAGCAACAUGCGGAUUUUGCGAUGUUGAUUCUGUCCUGCCAAAAAUCGAAAACAGUCAUGGUCAAGAAAAUGGCACAAAAAUUCUGCCAGAAGCAAGCAAGUCGAGCGACUUUAUCGAAAGCCUUGCAACUCGUGCAAUUAUGUCUCACUUUUUUCAUAAAAAUCUCACAAACGGAGAUAAACAAAUAAUAGACGCAAUGCAAAAAAGAGCAGACGAUAGCCAGAUGACGAAUAAUUCAAGCAAUAGCUUUCCUCUUUUGAAAAAUAAAGUUUCUACGGAGAUAGAAGGGGAGAACGACACAAUCAAUGAUGAAAAAGCAUCAGCUAAUUCGAUAGUUUCAAAGAGUCCACACCUGGGGAAAAUGAAAUCUGGCAAGCUUAGCAAAGAGGUUCUCAUAUUCUCACUUAUUGGUUGCGCAGCUGGGAUAAUCUUGCUUUUCUUGAUUUCUCUUUAUUCUUGGAAAGUUUAUCGGAGGAAGAAGUGGAUGAAAUGGAGCACGUACUUUGUCACUAUCAUACCACGUGAUCAGUCGGAAGGCAGAUUACAAGGCAAGGAUGAAACUGAACAAUAAAUUCACUGGCGCAUUUGUACCCGGAUUUAAGGCAGUAAGUGCAAUCGAAGUAGACGAAUAUGGAGAUGAAAAAUGGACCAAAAAGUACAUAGAUUCAUCGUAUUUUGUUAUAAAAGACGUCCCUCCUAAGAAACGAGC